AAUUGGUGAUGGGUCACCACGUUCUUCCCUUCCACAAGUCUAGGAGGUAGAUAAGGAAGAGAAAACGAGAGGAGAUGGAGGAGAACAAUCUUCUGCAUUUUCUUGAUACCCCAAGUGCGCAUUACAGAAGGACUUGCGAUGGAUUUGAGGCCCAGCACGAUGGUGAUGACCAAUCCGAUACGUCAGAUACGGAUCCAGCUAACACAAGGGAAAUGUUGGAGUAUCUGUUGAACCAACCAGCGAACAAAUUCUGUGCAGACUGUGGCACCCCAGAUCCUAAAUGGGCGGCCUUGCCUUUUGGGGCCUUCAUUUGCAUUAAGUGCUCCGGAACACAUAGAAGUCUAGGAGUGCACAUAUCAAAGGUGAUUUCGGUGAAUCUGGACGAGUGGACAGAUAAAGAAGUUAAUUGUUUAGCGGAAUCAGGUGGAAAUUCUGUUGUGAACGCAAGAUAUGAGGCCUUUUUACCUGAAAACAAAAAGCUGAAACAAGAUUGCUCAACAGAGGAGCGCAACGAUUUCAUUAGUACGUUCUAUCUGUACGUAUGCAGGAAAAAGUAUCAGUUUCAACAAUUUGUGUGUGAUCCACAAUUUUCAUGUCCUUUACCACUUAAUAGCAAGCGUGCAGCAGAUAAACAUCAGCAGCAGCACACUGGCACCCGACAUGGUUUUGGUCAUUCUUUCAGGAACAGCUGGAGGAGAAAGGAUUCAGAUCACAAAGGACUAAAGAAAAUGACGGAUGUAGGAAUGAUAGAAUUUGUUGGAUUAAUCAAGGUCAAUAUCGUAAGAGGCAUAGAUUUGGCAGUUCGUGAUGUGAUGUCGAGUGAUCCAUAUGUCAUGAUUAAUCUAGGACAACAAUCCAUGAAAACAAAGGUGAUAAAGAACACCCUGAAUCCUGUCUGGAACGAAAGACUAAUGCUAUCCAUCCCCGACCCGGUUCCGCCUCUUAAACUGCAAGUAUUCGACAAGGAUACAUUCAGCUCUGACGACAGGAUGGGGGAGGCCGAGGUGGACAUCCGGCCACUGAUCUCCGCAACGAAGGAGCACGAGAACUCGACCGUCGCCAACCCAACGGAGCUCUACAGAUGGUCGGCCAGCGAAGACGGCAGCGGCGUGCUGUCCAAGGACAGCAUCAUCUCCAUCGCCAACGGCAAGGUGAAGCAGGAGAUCACGCUGAGGCUCCAGAACGUCGAGCGCGGGGAGGUCGAGAUAGAAAUCGAGUGUGUGCCACUCAGCCAGUAGUGGCAGAUACAGUGGCUCUCCAUCUACCUCUUCUUCUUUCUCUUCCUCCCCACUAGAUCCACCUCUGAUUAUGUGUGACAUGGACACUACUUGCAAUGCCCAGAGAGACCUUUGCUGGUGUGUUUGCUCCAGGCCUGUAUUGUCGUGUACAUGUGUGGGAUAUGUUGUAUUAUAUAUAGGCAGAGGGAAGUCAUCUAUAUAA